CUCCCGACCGCGUCGUCCUUCGGUUCUCACCGUGGUCGUCCCCAGCUCCUAGCCCGGGCUGCUUCAUUGCCCAGCAGUGCCGUAAAGCAUAUCUGGCCUCAGCCCCCGGUCGUAUUCCUCAGGGUGUCUGCCCGCCGCGGUUGCCACGGUGCCGCCAAGCGCGGCUGUCGCGCUGCCCCGGUGUCAGCGGAGAUGGCGGCGGGGUCGGGUGGGAGUGGGGGCUCUGGGGUAGGCCCCGGACCGGUGCCGGGCGGGGGUGGGGGUGGGGGCCCCAGCGGAAGCAGCUCAGGACCGGGGUCCAGCGGGGUUCUCGGUAGCGGCGGGGAGCUGCACCCGCGCACUGGGCGCUUGGUGAGCCUGUCGGCCUGUGGGCGUACAGCGCGGCGGCAGCAGCCGGGCCAGGAGUUUAACCACGGGCUGGUGUUGAGCCGGGAACCCUUGCGCGAUGGACGCGUCUUCACCGUCCGCAUCGACCGCAAGGUCAACUCCUGGAGUGGCUCCAUUGAGAUUGGGGUGACAGCGUUGGAUCCCAGUGUGCUGGACUUUCCAAGCAGUGCCACAGGGCUGAAGGGGGGCUCGUGGGUAGUGUCAGGCUGCUCUGUGCUGAGAGAUGGACGCUCUGUGUUGGAGGAGUAUGGUCAGGACCUGGACCAGCUUGGCGAAGGGGACCGUGUGGGUGUGGAGCGCACAGCUGCUGGGGAGCUGCGGCUCUGGGUGAAUGGGCGGGAUUGUGGAGUGGCUGCCACAGGCCUGCCCCCUCGUGUCUGGGCCGUCGUGGACCUUUAUGGCAAGUGCACCCAGAUCACUGUGCUACCCCCUGAGCCAGGCUUCAGCCCCGCUACUCCCAUCCCCACACCUCCCCUCGAGUCCUUGGCCCCCCCUGAAGACUCUGCCUUGGCUGAACAGGGGACCUCUGCUGAUGAAGACUUUGCCAGCAUGGAGCUGUCCGAGGUGGUGAGCAACACCAUCCUGUCUGCCUACAAUGGAGGGCUCCUGAAUGUGAACCUGAGCUCCCCACCGGCAGGGGAAGGCCUGGGAUCUAGUGGUGCUGCCACCUCGCCCAUCCUCACUUCCAACGAUGCCCUGCUUUUUCAUGAAAAGUGUGGGACCCUCAUCAAACUCAGCAACAAUAAUAAGACAGCUGAGCGCCGGCGGCCCCUGGAUGAAUUCAACAAUGGGGUUGUCAUGACCAACCGCCCACUUCGGGACAAUGAGAUGUUUGAGAUCCGUAUCGACAAGCUUGUUGAUAAGUGGUCAGGCUCCAUUGAGAUUGGUGUCACCACCCACAACCCCAACAGUUUGGAGUACCCAGCCACCAUGACCAACCUCCAGUCAGGCACCAUCAUGAUGAGCGGCUGUGGAAUUCUAACGAAUGGCAAGGGUACCCGCCGGGAGUACUGCGAAUUCAGUCUGGAUGAGUUGCAGGAGGGUGACCACAUUGGUCUCACAAGGAAGUCCAACUCGGCCCUGCACUUCUUCAUCAAUGGCAUUGAUCAGGGAGUGGCGACCCCCUUGACGCCCCCAGUGGUAUAUGGUGUGGUGGACUUGUAUGGGAUGGCAGUGAAGGUGACCAUCGUCCACAAUAACAACCACAGUGACCGUCUCCGCCGAAACAACGCCAUCCUACGGGCACUGUCCCCCGAGGGCGCUCUCCGACGAGCUGCUCCUGCCCAGGCAGAACCCGAGCGCCUGCUCUUCCACCCCAACUGUGGCCAGAAGGCAGCCAUCACCCACGAGGGACGCACUGCCCUGAGGCCCCAUGCCACCGAUGACUUCAAUCAUGGCGUGGUGCUGAGCAGCCGAGCCCUGCGGGAUGGAGAGGUGUUCCAGGUGCGCAUCGACAAGAUGGUGGACAAAUGGGCUGGCUCCAUUGAAAUUGGCGUCACCACCCACAACCCUGCCUACCUCCAGUUGCCCUCUACCAUGACCAACUUGCGCUCUGGGACCUGGAUGAUGACUGGGAAUGGGGUGAUGCACAAUGGGACGACCAUCCUGGAUGAAUACGGGCACAACCUGGACCGCCUCAAGGCAGGGGACACGGUGGGCGUGGUGCGGCGGGAGGACGGGACUCUCCACUUCUUUGUCAAUGGGAUGACUCAGGGCCCUGCUGCCUGGAACGUGCCCCCGGGCGUCUAUGCUGUCGUCGAUCUCUAUGGCCAGGCGGCCCAGGCCACCAUUGUGGACGACGUGGAGGUGCCUCCAGUUCCUGAGCCACUCCCUGAAGGGAACAACCAGGUGUCUCCAAGCUCCCCGUCCUCAGGGGCUGGGGGCUCUGACCUGCGCUUCCACCAGCUGCAUGGCAGUAAUGCAGUCAUCACUAAUGGGGGCCGCACUGCCCUCCGCCACAACUGCCGCAGCGAGUUUAAUGACGCCAUCGUCAUCUCCAAUCGGGCCCUGCGGGAUGGAGAGCUGUUUGAAAUUGUCAUUCAGAAGAUGGUGGACCGCUGGUCAGGCUCCAUUGAGGCUGGAGUGACUGCCAUUCGCCCUGAAGACUUGGAAUUCCCCAACACUAUGACAGACAUUGACUAUGACACAUGGAUGCUGAGUGGCACAGCCAUCAUGCAAGAUGGGAACACAAUGCGCAACAAUUAUGGGUGUGACCUGGACGCGCUAGGCACAGGUGCGCGCAUUGGCAUGAUGCGAACUGCCAAGGGUGACCUGCACUACUUUAUCAACGGCCAGGACCAAGGCGCCGCAUGCUCGGGCCUGCCUCCGGGUAAAGAGGUGUAUGCGGUAGUCGAUCUCUAUGGCCAAUGUGUCCAAGUUUCCAUAACCAAUGCCACCGGCCCCAUGGACAACAGCCUGGCGACCAGCAACACUGCCACCGAGAAGUCCUUCCCACUACAUUCCCCAGUGGCUGGCGUGGCUCACCGAUUCCACAGUACUUGCGGCAAGAACGUCACUCUAGAGGAGGAUGGCACGAGGGCAGUACGUGCUGCUGGCUAUGCUCAUGGCCUUGUCUUCAGCACCAAGGAACUCAGGGCUGAGGAAGUCUUUGAGGUGAAAGUGGAAGAGCUGGAUGAGAAGUGGGCAGGUUCCCUGCGGCUGGGGCUGACCACACUAGCACCAGGGGAGAUGGGACCCGGAGCAGGCGGUGGCCCAGGGUUGCCUCCGUCCCUACCAGAGCUCCGGACGAAGACCACUUGGAUGGUAUCUAGCUGUGAAGUGAGACGUGAUGGGCAGCUCCAGAGGAUGAACUAUGGCCGGAACCUAGAGAGGCUGGGGGUGGGGAGCCGUGUGGGUGUUCGUCGGGGGGCAGAUGACACGAUGCACAUCCUCGUGGAUGGAGAGGAUAUGGGGCCUGCAGCCACUGGCAUUGCCAAGAACGUGUGGGCUGUGUUGGAUCUCUACGGGCCAGUUCGCAGUGUGUCAAUUGUCAGUUCCACGAGGCUAGAGGAGUCAGAAGGCACCCAGCCUCCUUCCCCCAGUUCAGACACCGGCAGUGAGGGCGAGGAGGAUGACGAGGGCGAGGAGCGUGGCCUGGGAGGCCAGAAUGAAGUAGGUAUCAUGCCUGCCACCCUCGAGUUCCUCGAGAACCAUGGGAAGAAUAUCCUCUUGUCUAAUGGGAACCGUACGGCCACACGGGUGGCCAGCUACAAUCAGGGCAUCGUUGUCAUCAACCAGCCUCUGGUGCCCCAGCUGCUGGUCCAGGUGCGGAUAGAUUUCCUAAACCGACAAUGGACAUCUUCCCUUGUCCUGGGAGUCAUCACCUGUGCACCUGAGAGGCUCAACUUCCCUGCUUCUGCCUGUGCCCUCAAACGGGCAGCCUGGCUGCUUCGGGGCCGUGGGGUCUUCCACAACGGUCUCAAGAUCUGUGAGAAGUUUGGGCCAAAUCUGGACACGUGCCCUGAAGGCACCAUCCUGGGACUGCGGCUGGACAGCUCUGGGGGACUGCAUCUCCAUGUCAAUGGGGUGGACCAGGGGGUAGCUGUGCCAGAUGUGCCCCAGCCCUGCCAUGCGCUUGUAGACCUCUAUGGCCAGUGUGAGCAGGUGACAAUCGUGAACCCAGAACCAGGGGCUACCAGUGGGAAAAGUUCUGGAACCCAAGGGGACAUGGAGAAAGCAGACAUGGUGGACGGUAUCAAGGAGAGUGUGUGCUGGGGUCCACCACCUGCUGCUAGCCCUCUAAAGAGCUGCGAGUACCAUGCCCUUUGCUCUCGCUUCCAAGAACUCCUCCUGCUUCCUGAAGAUUAUUUCAUGCCUCCGCCAAAGCGAAGCCUCUGUUACUGUGAGUCUUGCUGGAAGCUGCGAGGAGACGAGGCCCACAGGCGCAGAGGGGAGCCUCCCCGGGAAUACGCAUUGCCCUUUGGCUGGUGCAGAUUCAACCUCAGAGUGAAUCCCUGCCUGGAGGCUGGGACACUAACCAAGAAAUGGCACAUGGCAUAUCACGGGAGCAAUGUGGCGGCUGUACGGAGAGUGCUGGACCGAGGGGAGCUGGGAGCAGGUACUGCCUCCAUCUUGAGCUGCCGUCCCUUGAAGGGAGAGCCUAGGGUAGGGUUUGAGGAGCCUGGCGAGAACUGUGCACCUCCUCGGGAGGAGCAGCCCCCUCCGGUGCUGCUUUCCCCCUCCCUUCAAUAUGCUGGGGCUGAGCCCCUGGCCUCCAAAGUGCAAUUCCGGGACCCCAAAUCCCAGCGGACGCACCAGGCUCAGGUGGCGUUCCAGGUGUGUGUGCGUCCUGGCUCCUACACCCCAGGACCCCCUUCCGCUGCUCUUGGAGAAGCUUCUGACCCUCACUUCAGCCCAGCCGAACUUGAGUGGGUCACUAAGGAGAAGGGGGCCACACUCCUCUAUGCCCUGCUGGUACGGGUGGAAUGAGGGGUGAGACACCACUACUACAAGCACAGUCGGGCCUCAGGCCCAUGGACUCUGAAUGGCGACUGCCUCCACCUCAUUCCCAUGACUGUGGCAUGCGCAGGUGCUGGGGCUCGGCGGCCGCUCAGGAGCAUGUAGGCAGGCUCUCAGAUGUAGGCGGGAAGCGGCACAGCUCCAGGUCCAGAGGCCCAGCACUCCGUCUGAUGGGAGGAGCUGCGGGAGCCCAGCUCCAGGCCUUGGUACCCUUCUUCAUGCACUGAUUUGCGGAACAUGACUCCCUAUUACUCCCCUCCCCAACAUCACUUAAUUUAUUUCCAUUUUUGUUUCUGGUUACUGUGAAUCCCAGAGGAGUCUCUACCUGUGCCCACAUGAAGCUGCUUUUUCCGGGGCCACUGGGCGGGAGUGGGGAAGGGCGGGCGCACGGAAGACGGGGGCCUCUGUCCAGUUGUUACUGACUCUGAUUUCUAAGGAGCCAAUAAACACCGUCUCAGAGCCUC